AUGAUUUUCGUUUUAAAAUUCUUUUUGAUAGAGUUGCUUGUCAAGUAAAUUGCUUUGUAAAAUUAGAUAAGUAGAUUGUGAAUGUAAUUUUUUCUCUUAACAACCAAUUUUACAAAGUCCAAAAGCACAAUUUGAAGAAUAAUUAUCAGAUGAUUAGAUAUUAUAAAAGGCGAAUUUUGGAUAUGGUAUUUGGAUGAAAUAUUAACCGUUUAGAGAUAUUGAUGAUCUGAGUAAUCCAUCAAUUUAAUUAUUAUUAGGAGAUCGAUCUUCAUAAUAAUAUACUGAAGUAAAAUAUGAAAAAAUUAUUUAAGGGGGGCAAUUUAUUUAUUCGAUAGAGCAAAGAGAAAGUUAAUAGAAGAUAGUUGUUGUUUCAGUAUAUUUCGACGAUGAAAAGGAAGUGAUUCAAUAUUAGAUUUUUUUCUCCUCCUAGUCAAAACAGCAGAUUUUAUAUUUUAGUUAAAAUCCUGAUUUGUAUGAAGGAUUGUGGAUUAUGUUUUUUUUUUAUAUAGAUUUCAAUUAAAAAAUAUCGAAUUUCGGAUUUCAGAAUCCUCAAGCUUUAUAAUAGAUUUAAGUAGUGAAGGAAAUUCCUUUAUUUGGAUAAACGAUAAAACAUAUUUAAGGAGGUCUUUAUUAAUAUACUAAUAAUGAGUAAACUUUAGUCAUAUUAGAUUAGUUUAAAGGAUAAUUAUCUUACGCUUUUACUUUAAUAUAAGAAAACAUUUUUGAAGAUAUUAAUCUUUGUAUUAAAAAAUUUAUGAUGUAUAUGUAUUGUCAAGAAUUUUAUCAAGUUUUAACAAAUUGGAACCAAUAAAUGAAUGGAAAUAAUUGUGUUUAUUAAACUAUAAUUGAAUUAGAUGAUCCUAAAUAUGUAAUUCAUGGAUGGAUAAUUUUAAAUUUAACUAAUUAAUCUAAUCUUGAAACUCUAAUCUUUCGAAUCACAAUAAACAACGAUUAUAAUGAUGAUCUUUACUUAGGUGAUCGAGUUGCUCUUCUAAAAUACUAUUAAAGUAAUAUCCCAGCAGAAAAUGGUUUUGAAUUAUCCACAUAUUCAUAUUAAUUUCCUGUUAAAAAACAACAUCAAACUCAAAAUGAUGAUAAGAUAGCUGAUUAUGGUGAUUAAUACUCAGAAUUAUUUAUUUAAUGA